AUGAAGAGAUUUUUUAGUACUACGUCAACGGUCGGCUUCUUUAAUAGACUGAACAACGCGCUAAUUAAAGCUGCCCCAAGGGACCAUGUCGUCCAGGAAUUAAAGAAACCAGUGGGCUUGGAAUGUUCGCCUGAUAGAUCCAUCCCUUACACGAAGGGUAACUCCUUGAAAGAUAUGUUCAAGCAAGAUAAGACGACCCAAAGAGCUGAGGAACUUGCGCUGGAAUUCAGCAAAAGCGGGAUGUAUGACGUUUAUACUUUCCGUAAAACCAAUGGGAAGUUGUUCUUGUCACCACCGUCUUAUUGGCGUGCUGAAAAAUCCUUGUAUUUCCCACAUUUAGUUGGAAGGACCUUAGCAAACGCUGAGAAAACAUGCUUGGAGGACACACUACGAGGCAAAUUAUCCAUUAUCAAGAUAGCGACUAGUGUGGCAGGAGAAAAAUUAGUUAAUAGCUACUUUCAAAAUGAAAACAUUGACUAUCUUGCGAAUGGUCAUGAACUACUGAAUGAUAAGCAGUCUACUAUGUCUACUGCUGCUGCACAGAUAAUUGACAUUAAUUUUUCUGAGAAUUGGGUCAAAUCUUUAAUUGUGAACCUUUCUCUUCGGAAAUUACGUAACGAAAUUCCUGAAAGACGUCAUAGCCAAUAUUUUGUCUGUGCCAGGGAACAGCUUCCGUUUAUGAUUCGUGAAAAGUUACUUUUGAAUAAUCCGUAUACUGGCUACGUAUACGUCGUUGAUCCUCAACUAAGGAUUCGAUGGAUGGCAUGUGGUGCUGCACAACCCAAGGAUUUCGAGCUGCUUUGGAAAUGUGUAAGAGGUCUGCAGAAGGAACUAGUUAAUCAGUAG